CGGGAUUGCGAGCGGUGCCCCUGCCCCCGCCCCCGCGCUCCGGGCCAGGGACACCCUAACUCCUUCUCGCAAGUGCAGGCCUCACCGAGCGCGGCCGGGGACCUGGAAUCGCGACUGCAGAGCCCACCCGGGACUCACUGGCCCAGCCCUUCCUGCAGGCCCGGGGCACCCCUUGGGGUUCGCUCAUCCUUCAAUGGUCACGGGCGCUGCUGUCUGCGCAGUCAACUGGAGAGAAGGGCUGUGGCCAUCAUCAAAAUGCAAUGACAAAGCCUUUCAAGCACUGCACUUGGACUGUGCACCGUGCCACACUUUCACCCAUGAUCUCGUUUAGUCAUCACAACAGUCAAGUGAAGUAGGUAUGAUUAUUAUCCCCAUUUUACAGAAGCCAGAACUGAGGUUCAGAGAAGUUAAAGACCUUGUCCCAGGACACACAGCUAGUAAAUGUCCACCAUUUAGGAUUCCAAUUCAGAUUUGUCAGCUCUCAAAGCCCAUGAUUUGAAACCACUAGGAAAGUUUGCAAAACCCCUAAUAGCAGCCCAGCACGAUAGAAAAAUGUAAAGGGAUCGUCUUUUCCAUUUGAUAGCAGCUGCAUGCUCUGGCCUCCAUGCUGGGCUCUGUAGACUCCCCCAUGGGUCUCCUCUCGUCUCUCACAUAGGUGGAGUCCCACAGACCUGGUGCAAAUUCUGCCUCACCACCAGGGCUUGUGUGACUUUGGACCAGGCAUAUUGCUUUUUUGAGCCUAUACUUGGCCCAGAAUUCUCAGCAGGCUACUCUAUGGAAUUGGAAGGAAAAUGCUGCCCAGCCCACAGUGGGUGCACCAGGAGCCAUAGUUCCCCCACAGCAAUGGAUCUGCCUCCCACUUGGCCUCUAAGAGCGACUCCCUGUGGCCUUGUAUUUAUUUAGAGCUUUGUUCUCCUCAGGGCCAGGAAGUGGUGUUGCCUGUCUCGGGUAUGUGGCCACCCAUGACUUCCUGAAUGGGGCCAUGGGAGGAGGGCCCUGAGCAGUAUAUGGUUCUGAAGCCUUGGACUUAAAAGGAGGGCAGAGCCCUGUGUUUUCAUGGUGACUGAUGAGGAAUGCCCGGGCAGGGCUGGGCCAGCAGCCUCUGAUUGCCCUUCCUGCCUCUGAUUGCCUUGGCCACAGGGUCCCAGAAUCUUAGAGCACAGAGGAACCUUGGAGACCACCUGUUACAUCUCCAUGUUUUUACAGAUGGGGUAACCGAGGCCCACUGUGAGGAAGUGAUUUUUACCUAAGACACUGGAUACCACAGAGUUAAAACGCCUGGAACUUGCAUUUUUGGACCUGACACCAGGACCCUGGGGAUUUCCACCAAGCAGUGAGCUUGGAAUUCCAGGCUGCUUGCAGGUCCCAGGGAAUACACACAAGUCCCCCCAUCUGUGACUCUCUCUGCCGAUGUCACCCAGGGAGGAAGUGGAGGAAGCCAGUGGCAGCCUGGUGUUCUCUGGCAGGGGAACUCAGACUGUGGUUCCUGAAAGUCCGUGACACCGCUGUUUUUUCUCUCUGAUUCGUUCUCUUGCUGUCUCUCACUCUAAAGAAUGCCUGGAUACUCCAAGAGCCUUCAGUCAGUAUCCAGGGGGUUUUUUUCACCACAAAGGGUAAUUCCUGCCUCAUUCCUACUGUGACUCAGCUGUGACGUUGAACCACACAAGCGAGAAGAUAGUCAUCAGACUCUUCACCAGAGAGAGUGGCCCACACCAGGACUAACCUCUUCAUUCAGCACAGACUCCACGGGGCUGGUCCACUCCACAGAGGAGAUUAGUUGGACCCCCUGGCCAGCGUGGGACCCCAAGAUGGCCUCAGGCUCAGCCAGCAGCCCCCGCCCAGCCCCCGAUGAGAACGAGUUUCCCUUUGGGUGUCCCCCCACCGUCUGCCAGGACGCAUCAGAGCCCAGGGCCCUCUGCUGCACCAUCUGUCUCUCUGAGAACGUGAGGAACGGCGAGGAUCCGAUCUGUGCCAAAUGCAGAGGACAUGACCCCCAGUCUGUAAGCCCAGGAGGCCUUCUGUCUCAGGAGAAGGAUCACCCGGAGGUGGCAGUAGAUGGAGUUGAGUGCCCCUUUGCAGGUGUUGGCUGCUUCUUCAAGGGGAGCUCAAAGUUCAUGCAGGAGCAUGAGGCCACCUCUCAGGCCACCCACCUAAACCUGCUGUUGGGAUUCAUGAAACAGUGGAAAGCCCAGCUGGGCUCUGGCCUGGGGUCCCGGCCCAUAGCCCUGGAACAGAAUCUGUCAGACCUGCAGUUACAGGCGGCCGUGGAGGUGGCUGGGGACCUCGAGGUGGACUGCUACCGGGCACCCUGCUCCGAGAGCCAGGAGGAGCUGGCCCUGCAGCACUUCAUGAAGGAGAAGCUCCUGGCCGACCUGGAGGGGAAGCUGCGCGUGUUUGAGAACAUCGUGGCCGUCCUCAACAAGGAGGUGGAGGCCUCCCACCUGGCCCUGGCCGCCUCCAUCCACCAGAGCCAGCUGGACCGGGAGCACAUCCUGAGCUUGGAACAGAGGGUGGUGGAGUUGCAGCAGACACUGGCCCAGAAAGACGAGGCCCUGGGCAAGCUGGAGCAGAACCUGCGCCUCAUGGAGGAGGCCUCCUUUGAUGGCACCUUCUUGUGGAAGAUCACCAAUGUCACCAGGCGGUGUCAUGAGUCGGCCUGUGGCAGGACCGUCAGCCUCUUCUCCCCAGCUUUCUACACGUCCAAGUACGGCUACAAGUUGUGCCUUCGGCUCUACCUGAAUGGGGAUGGGACGGGAAAGAAGACCCACCUGUCGCUCUUCAUCGUGAUCAUGAAAGGGGAGUAUGAUGCCCUGCUGCCAUGGCCUUUCCGGAACAAGGUCACCUUCAUGCUGCUGGACCAGAACAACCGUGAGCAUGCCAUUGAUGCCUUCCGGCCUGACCUGAACUCUGCGUCCUUCCAGCGGCCCCAGAAUGAGACCAACGUGGCCAGCGGCUGCCCACUCUUCUUCCCCCUCAGCAGACUGCAGUCGCCCAAGCAUGCCUACGUGAAGGACGACACCAUGUUCCUCAAGUGCAUCGUGGAGACAAGUGCUUAGGGCACUCAGGGCGCACCUGCGUCCUCAGGGAGCACCAACCCAGACUGGGGGUCCAGCAAGAUACCAGAGGUCGUGCCCUUGGUGCUCAGAUCCCAGGGCAAGGGAUGGGCUGGGGCUGGCGUGAUCUGAGCAGGGCUGACAGGUGGACUGUGGCGGCCAUCAGCUUAGGGUGGUGGGACCUUGGGCUGGGCCCACAAGGCAGACGGUCCAGAGGAGGUGGAGGCAGGAUUGUUCCCUCUGCACUGACCACACAACACUGGAGGCCCGGGAGCUGCUCCAGCCCUGAAUGUUGAGGUGGACUCGGAUCAAGAUAGGGAGGGAAUGGGGACCAGGCCUGGGGCAUGGAUGGUAGGCUGGAGAUGUAGGACCUGAGCGUGGGAAGGUCCCUGCAGGCCACCAUGGAGAAAUGCAAACAUGCUUGCUGUCUUCUGUCCAGAGUUAGAACCAGGGGGUGGAAGGGACAGGGUGCCAAUGUGAAUUCGGUCUGUCCAGGCAUAGACUGAGUUCCCCAUCAUUGGAGGUAAACCAGCAAAGCCAGAGGCUAUGCUGGGGGUGGGGACAGUUAUCAAAUUGGGGGUUGGAUUUGAAAACCUUCAAGGUUCCUUCCAUCCCAGAAAGUGUCUAAUCCUAGGCCUCUUAGCCCAGGCAAGGCCAGGGGCUCUAGGGAUUCUGGGAACAUCCGGGUUCCUCACUCACCUUCUGUAGCACCAGGUGAGCUGAGCUGGCCCCCAUGGCACCUGCCACCCAGACCUGGCAGUUCAGCUUCCCUACAUGCAGAAGCACACAUAGGUCCUGCCUCCUGUGCCUCCCCAGCCACACUCCCCUUCGCCUCCUCCAGGUAAUGAGCUCUUAGGGGCAUCCAGAAGGAGCGUGAAGAAGCAGAGAGGCAUAAACUCUCCACUGCCUGCCUGGGGGCCCCACUUUCCUGCUUUCCAGAAUCCCAUGUCACCUGGUUAACCAAGGUAUUCACUUCUCUCGUUCACUUCUGGGCCUCUGAGCUACUAGUAGAGGUUGUCCUUUGAAAUCUGUAUAAAAUCAAAGAAAAAAUUUUUUAAGAAA